AUGUCCAACUUGUCGUUGGCUUUCUGCAUUCUUCUGGGCAUCCUGGUUCUUUCUCAUGCAGAAAAUUCCAACAUAGGCAUUUAUGAGCUAAAAAGAGGACAAUUUCAGAUCAAAUUAACAAACUAUGGUGCUACUAUCAUGUCUUUACUUGUCCCAGAUAAAAAUGGAAAUUUGGCCGAUGUUGUUCUGGGCUAUGAUUCAGUUGAGACUUACAAGAAUGAUACAGUAUAUUUUGGUGCCCUAGUUGGACGUGUGGCUAACAGAAUUGGAGGAGCUCACUUCACUUUAGAUGGCAAAACCUACCAGUUGCCUGCCAAUGAUGGAAAGAACACACUUCACGGCGGGUUCAAGGGUUUCGGUGAUGUUGUAUGGAAUGUAGCUUCCUACAAAAUGGACAGUCAUAUCACGUUCACCUAUGUUAGUUCCGACCAAGAACAAGGUUUUCCAGGCAAACUUGAGGUUGCUGUGACAUACAUGUUUUAUGAAACUAACAAAUUGAUAGUGAAGAUGGAAGCCAAGGCUGUUGACAAAGCCACACCAGUGAAUUUAGCUCAGCACAGUUACUGGAACCUGAGAGGCCAUGACAGUGGAGACAUUCUCACACAUAGCAUCCAACUUUUCGCCUCACAAAUCACACCGACGAACGGUGAACUCAUCCCGACCGGUGAGCUCAAGCCGGUGAAGGGAACCCCAUAUGACUUCCUUGAGCCAAAGGAAAUUGGAAGUCAGAUUCAUGGCCUUCCUGAUGGCUAUGACAUAAACUAUGUGGUGGACAAGAACACUGUUUCAAAUCACUUCAAUAAGGUUGCUGUUGUGAAGGACUCAGUUUCUGGGAGGAAGAUGGAGCUAUGGUCAAAUCAACCUGGUGUUCAAUUCUAUACAAGCAACAUGUUGAAGGAUGUGAAAGGCAAAAAUGGUGUCACCUAUCAUCAGUAUGCUGCUCUUUGCUUGGAGACACAAGGUUUUCCAGAUUCAGUCAAUCACCCAAAUUUUCCAUCUCAGAUUGUGAAUCCUGGAGAGACAUAUAAGCACUUCAUGGUUUAUAGGUUCACUGCACAGUAA